AAAGCAGAAGAAACCACCGAUCAUCGUCGCUACAAUUCCGAUCCAUUCACCACUCCGCCUGUAACGAAUCUCCUCCUCCAUCCUUUUCAGAUUCAUACCAAAAUCGAUAACUUAAAAAUACAUUCAUAUAAUAUUUAUUAGGUAAUCAUCGUGAGAUUAGAUAGAUGGAUACAAGUAAUUGGAAAGGCGCCGUGGACUGGAGGACUCUUCUGCCACCGGAUUCACGUCGUAAGCUUGUCGAUAAGAUAAUGGAUAACUUGAAGAAGCAACCUCAGUUUUCUGGACCAGAGAAGCUACAUGAACUUAAGGAUUUUGCGUUGAGGUUUGAAGAAAAAUAUUAUACUGCUGCAACAAGCCAGGCUGAUUAUAUGCGGAGAAUAUCUCUCAAGCUGAUGGGCAUUGAGAACAGAUCUGCAAAUCAUAUGCCCAAUUCUCUGCCGUCCAACGCUACUUGUGAUUCAGGUUCUCAGGGCAUGCAGCAACUGAAUAACCAAGGUAUUCCUGUACCCUCUCAUCAUCAAGCUGGUAAACAAAUCUUACCUCAGAGCAUCCACAAUAAUGUUUCUUCAUCUGGAAUAGCGCGCUCCACCGCCACCCAAAAUUCAAGCUUGCAGAACAUUUCCGUAACUCAAAGGCAGAUACCGGCAAGUCAAAGCUCACAGCAUUAUCUUUAUCAGCAGCAAAUUGCAAAGCAGAAGCUGCUGCAACAGAAUAAUACAACCUCAGUUCAACCACACGUUCAGCAACAGCAUCAGAAUUAUGCACUUAUGCAGCCCACAAUGUUGCAACCGUCUUCUCUCUCUACCAUUAAACAAAAUCAGCAACCUCAUUUGAGUCAACAGUUGGCCCUAAGACAACUAAGACAGCCGCAGCAGCAGCAGCAGCAGCAGCAGCCAAGGGUGUUUGGCCAGCAGAAUAAUAAUCUUUCCAAUGCACAAUCAAUUGGUCAACAUAACAACUUUUCUGCUAUUCAGCAGCAUUUGGGCCAUCAAAAACAGCCGCAGUCGCUUGGAGCUCAAUCCACCAUGCAUUCAUCACACCUGCUGCAGUCAACGCAAGGUCAAAGGUCACAAAUGGAAUUACAGCCACAGGUGAUUCCACAGUCAGCUCAGUUUCAGCACCAACUAAAUAUGAACCAGAGGCUUCCAGCAUCAUUUCAUCAGCAGAGAGCUAUGCCAGAGGCUUCAUCAACAUCUUCAGAUUCCACAGCUCAGACAGGAAAUCCAAACAGUGGAGAUUGUCAAGAAGAGGUGUAUCAAAAGGUGAAAGCUAUGAAGGAUCAGUAUUUUCAAGGGCUGGCCGAUCUGUACCCGAAAAUUUUAGGCAGAUUGCAGCAGCAUGAUUCUCUUCCUCAGCAACCAAACGGCGAUCAAGCUGAGAAGCUGAAAAAGUUUAAACAUAUGUUGGAGCGUUGCAUGAAAUUCCUACAACUCCCCAAAAACAACAUAUCUCCCAGCCAUAAAGAAAAGUUGGGCGCAUUGGAGAGAGAAAUUGUUUAUCUCACAAGUUCACAGAUGCGCAAACCUGGGCCCACACUGCAACAACGUAUGAAUUCUCUGCACCAAUCACAAAUGCAGCCUCAUGAAAAUCAGAUGCAAUCAGUUAACUUACAGCAUAAUAGUUUGGCGACCUUGCACCAUAAUUCUGCUUCAACCGCACAGCAGAAUAUGAUGAGUAUGCUGCAGCAGCAGCAGCCAAGUUCCAACAUGCUUCCACAUCAGCAACUGAAGCAACUUCACAGUCGACAAAUGCAGCAACAGUUAAUGCAUAAACAACAAUUACACUUUCACCCACAAACAAAGCAUAGCAUGAAGCUGAAUGUGAACCAGAUAAAUGAUAGCAAUGAGUUGAAGAUUAAACAGCAGACUGAAAUGAAGUCAGAAUCAUUGAAACAACUAAAGCUUGACCAGAAAAACGUGUUCAACUCUGUGACUACAUCCAGCACACCUUUGCAACCUGCCAACUCACCGUUUUUUGUGUCAUCGCCAUCAACUCCAUCUACGUCUAACCUGCCGGGAGAUACCGAUAAAAUUAAUUCAAGUGUUUCAUUACUUGCUAAUGAUGGAAAUAUUUGCACUCCUGGAAUAUCUGCCUCACCUUUGCUUGCAGAGUGCACAAAUCCAGAUGCCAAUGGUGCUUUCGUUCAUUCUGGAAAGUUAACUACUAUAGAACAGCCUCUGGAACGCUUACUCAAAGUGGUGAAGUCAAUUUCACCAGAAUCCUUGAGUGCUUCAGUUAGAGACAUUGAUUCGGUUGUUAGUAUGAUUGAUAGCAUUGCUGGAACGGCACCAGGUAAUGGAUCGAGAACUGCCGUUGGUGAGGACUUGGUUGCCAUGACAAAAGCAACAACUACGGGAAAAAGAAAAAUGAAACGCUUUAUGAAUAAUCCAAUGUUUAUAAAUGUUGUAUCAUCUGCAAGCAGCUUUAAUCAUUUGGAGAACUCAGAAUUGGAAUCCACUGCAACGUCUACCAUAAAGAGGCCUCGGGUUGAGAUGAAGCAUCCCCUAUUGGAAGAAAUAAGAGAAAUAAAUGAAGGACUAAUAGAUACUGUGGUUGAUAUUAGCCAGGAAAAUGCUGACCCAGAAGUUGGUAAAGGAACCAUUGUUAAGUGCUCAUAUAGUGCUGUAGCUCUUUGUCCAAAUCUCAAGUCACAAUACGCGUCUAUGCAAAUGUCACCUAUACAACCGUUGCGAUUGCUUGUUCCUGCAAAUUAUCCGAAUUGCUCCCCAAUACUCUUGGAUGAGUUUCCUGUUGAAGUCAGCAAGGAAUAUGAAGAAGAUCUUUCAAUAAAAGCAAAGUGGCGGUUCAAUAGUUGUGUGAGAAAGCUUUCUGACCCAAUGUCACUUGAGAUGAUGGCAAGGACUUGGGAUGUUUGUGCUCGUGCGGUUAUUUUGGAGUGUGUGCAGCAAACGGGUGGUGGCACUUUCACCUCUAAAUAUGGAGCCUGGGAGGACUGCCUAACUGCUGCAUGAGUUUGAUAUUUUAUAUUUGACAUAUUGGAUUGAGUGCUAGCUUUUUACCUGGUAUGGUGUUUUCAUAUUAUUGCGUUCUCAUGUCGCAUUUAUUAGUUUUUGGUAUGGUGAAAGUCAAUAAUCAGUUUCGGGAUAGCUUCAACAAAAUUGGUACAUAUUUUCUGAUUAUUUUGAAAACAAAAAAGACAUAAAAUCAC